AUGGACGGCAUUGGUAGAUUCGUCUUCGGGCUGGCCCAUGACCGACACGUUGAAAACUGCAAGACUUGGAGCGACUCCGCAAUGCGAGAUUUCCUCGAAUGCCAGAUUGACGUGCCAGGCAUGACCGAAGGUGGAAUCACAGUGACUGUCUGCUUGAUCAGCGGGCGCAGUGAAGUCAUCGAGGUGGCACGCAGCGCCCCCAUUGAUGAGCUGAAGCGCCAGGCACAGCGCAAGCUGGAAGUGCGAAGAGGUACCUUGAUACGCGGCCACAUCAUUCUCGAUGGGGACAAGACAGUCGGUGCCGUGAACCUCCAAGAUGGUGAGGUGCUUACGUUGAAGACGAGCCCUCCCCGUCUGACAUCCAGCCAGGAGGGAUUUGGUGCCAUUCUAGGCGAUGGAACUCUUGUCGCCUGGGGAAAAUUUGCUCGCAAUGACCGGCUUGCUGUGCGCGGGCGGCUGCGGGAGAUCACGGCCGGCGUUUCAGCCUUCGUUGGCCUGCUCCACAACGGAAACAUUGUGGCAUGGGGGCGCUCCGAGUGCGGUGGUGACUGCAGCCACGUCGAGGAGCAGCUGAGGAACGUGAAAAAAGUUCAUGCCUCGGCUGGAGCUUUCUGUGCCCUUCGGGAAGAUGGAUCAGUGGUCACCUGGGGUAAGGAGUCGGCCGGUGGUGACAGCAGCGGUGUCCAAGGCUUGCUGAGAAAGGUGCAGCAGGUCCACACAAACGGCUGUGCCUUCGUGGCGGUCCUGCAGAGCGGUUCCGUGGUCACAUGGGGCAACAUCCAACGAGGUGGGGACUGCUCCAGUGUGCACACAAAGUUGCGGAACGUUCGCGCACUUCGAUGGACCCUGGGGGCUUUUGCAGCUAUUUUGGGCAGUGGCUCCGUGGUGACUUGGGGCCACAGGGAUUUUGGCGGCGACAGCAGUAGCGUUCAACAAGAGUUGAGGGAUGUCAGAGACAUCUACUCUUCUGCAGGUGCCUUUGCUGCCGUCCUGAAGGAUGGAAGCGUUGUGACCUGGGGUUCUGAUGAUGAGGGCGGUAACAGCAGUGCCGUGAAGAGCAAGCUACAGAAGGUUCAGGAAAUUCGUUCCCUCUCGGCAAUUGAUGGAAGCGCUAUGGCAGCACUCCUGGAAGACGGUUCUGUGGUUACUUGGGGUGGAGAGCAGGUGAUGGCGGCGAACAGCGAAGCAGUACAGGCCCAGCUGAAGGAUGUACGGGAGAUCUAUUCUACCCGGGGUGCUUUUGCUGCGGUUCGACACAAUGGCUCCGUGGUGACAUGGGGCGAUCCCCGAUAUGCCGGCGACAGCACGUCUGUCCAGCAGGACCUCAAAAACGUCCGUGAAAUCCAGGCGACAAAACGAGCAUUUGCUGCCAUCAUGGAGGACGGGUCUGUGGUAACGUGGGGCGAUCCCGAGUUCGGAGGGGACAGCAGCUCUGUCCGGGCACAGCUCGUAAAGGUUCACGUGAUUCACGCCACCGAGAGCGCGUUUGCCGCUCAACUGGAGGAUGGAACCAUUGUGACUUGGGGAAAUCCUGCUGCAACUGCCUCCGGCGCAACACCCCUGGCUGCCGCCGCCGAAGGCAACAAGACAGAGGCAGUGUCCGAGCUGCUCGCCGCCGGCGCACGUGUGGAUUCCGCGGAUGCUAGUGGGGUCACGCCCCUGCACCGCGCGGCCAUGUUCGGGCUGGUGGACAUUGUCCUGGAACUUCUAGAGGCUGAUGCCGGUGUGGACUGCACCACGGAUGCACUGCUUACGCCCCUCAUGCUGGCGGCACGCGCAGGUCACAGCGAUGUCAUGGCUGAGCUCAUUGAAGCUGGGGCCGACAUCGAGCUGCGGGAGAAGAAGGGCGGCACAGCUCUCUUCGAAGCAGCCAGGUGCGGCCAGUCGGAAGCUGCCGCGCUGCUGCUUGCGCUCGAGGCGGACGUGGAUGUGCAGCGUGAGGAUGGUGCCUCUCCGCUGAUGGUCGCUGCACAGGGUGGAAAGGGUGGUGUCAUCCAAGAGCUCCUCCAGGUGAACGCCACUUUGGAGCUUGCGCGCGAGGAUGGAUGCACGGCCCUGAUGUUUGGGGCCAUGUCGGGGCACAGCCCAAUUGUGGACGUGCUACUGCAGGCCAGAGCAGAUCCCAACAACGUGGACAAAAACGGCGUGACUGCGAUCAAGAUCGCCAAGCAGAAUGGUCACCCGGACGUCGUGCGCAAGCUGCGCGCGGCGGGCGCCAGUGGCACAAUAGGCAAAGGCAGAGCAAUCGACAUAAAUGAGGUUUUCAGCGACUGA